UUUAAUUUGUUUCAGAAAAUGGAAGACUAUGUGUGUAAAUAAUAAUAAACUGCACCAGGAAAAUUUAUCAAAUAUUUUGGGAUAAGCACGUUCCAUUUAACAGCUCUUGGUAACAGUGUUAACCAGAAGAGUGUUGCCUGAAGCUUGAUGUGAGUGAAGGAUUCAGAGAAAGUGAAAGAAGCCGCGACCAAGAGCAACGGCUCACUCCUUUACUUCUUGUACUACUCUACUCUCAUCUACUCGGUUGAUGUCAGUCAUACUCAGUGCUUCAAUACUCGACAGCAAAAUUCAUCUGUUUAUAUCUAUAUAUAUAUACAUAUAUACAUAAAACCGUGUAAUUGUGUUUGUAUAUUUGUAGUAUGUACUUAUUAACUGGUCGUCGUACUGGGUAGUAUGUAAUAGUACAAGUUUCAGCGAGAGAAUAACAGCAACAAGAGAAUCAGAAAAUACCGAGGUCGAAGUGGCGCCUCAGAAGUUACAGUCGGACAACGUGACGAACGACGAUUCACUGUCUAUUACGAGAUUCCAUGAGUGUUUUACACCUUUAUCGUGAGAAACUACCAGUCUCAUUUAUCUUUUUUUAAUUUUAAAUUCAAAGCAUAACACAUCAAGAACUUUUAAAUAUUUAUCAGUUAUUAUUAUUUAAUUCAGAAAAAUAAGGACAAGAGAGAAGAAUUACGUCGUUUUAUAUUUGCUGAUUGAGUGGAUGUCAUUGAACUUGAUACUGAGGGCUACUAACGUCGCUGCUGUUGUUAAUUUAAAUUAUUAUUCGGGUUUUAAAUUAUUCCUGUCACAUUGAAAGACUGAAAGAAUUAACGUAAGGCCUUUUGUGGUCUAGAUGCUUCUCUCUGUCUUGGAUUAUUCCUUCAGAUCUUAUGCACGUGCUUGAGAGUAAGAGUAUGAAGAAAAAGUAAUAUUAAAUAAAUAAUAAAUAAAAAAAAAAAGAUCCGAGGAUAGUUGGAGUUAUUCCUCGACCGCAGGUUCAUCACAGCUCCAGGUGAUUGCUCUUUAAGAAAGACAAACUGCUUCUGCUGUUGCCAGUGCUAGUGCUAGUGCUGUUACCUGGUUACUCAGUAUUAUACAGUGGGUUUAACUCUGUAGACCACUCUGGAGUUUUGUUGAGAAUAAACUCUGGCCCUCUGACCGGAUAGAAGGAAAAUAAUGUAUUAUAGUGAGCUUCAUCCGAGAAAGACACCUCAUCUUGAUUCACGUUCAACCUGCUGGUUAUAAAAAUAUAUAUAAUACUUGAAUAGUGAGGGAUAAAUAAAAAUUUAUGUGAUAAUCAAAAUAAAAAGAACCAAGAGGAGGGAAAAUACUGCUUAUUCUCAAGCUGAAGGAUGAGGAUGAGGAAGUUAUAAUUUAACUUUAGCGACACCACGACCAAUAUUAUUAUCAUGAAAAUAAUUAUGAUGAUGAUAAUGAUGAUGACGAGUCCUUCGGUGUUGGUGCCGAGGAAAUAAUUACAAAGCGGUAUUUUAGUACGUACGAUUGCCCGAUUGCUGCAUUCCGGAUAAAAUAAACAAACUUUGUUGUUUUUUUUUUUUUUUUUUUUUUUAAGUGUUUUAAAACUGUCACACUGUGAUUUGUUGUUAAAAGUUUAUCAUUUUAAAGUGUAAAGUGAUUUUAUUGAUGAAUUUAUUGUAUCUAUUAUGUGUAAAAGUGGCUCUGAUGAUACCUGAAGAAGAUUUGGGAUGACCAACGUCAACAGGAUCCGGGUGGUCGUCCUCGGCGGCCCCAGAGUCGGCAAAUCUGCUGUGGUGGUGCGGUAUCUAACGAGGCGGUAUAUCGGAGAGUACAGUUCAACCAGUGAUUUUCUUUAUAGACACAGUGUAACGAUAGACAAUGUCAUGACUGAUGUUGAAAUUCUUGACACAUCGAGGUGCGAGGAAAACGGAUGUCUGUACUCGCACAUAAGAUGGGGAGAAGCUUUUGUCAUUGUUUACAGCGUUACGUGCAAGCGCAGCUUUCAAGAAGCAAGGGGCUUGCUCAAACAGCUCGCUGAUCUCAGACUUCCUUCUUAUUUUACUGCUCUUUUACUUGGAAAUAAACGUGAUCUCGAUCAUGCUCGAGAAGUAUGCGUGGAUGAAGGCCAGCAGUUGUCAUUAACACACGGCUGUCAAUUUUACGAGGUCAGCGCGGCAGAAAGCGCAGCGGGAGCAGCAUUAGCCUUUCAAGGACUCCUCAGGGAAGCUAGAUCAGUCCAACUCCUCCGCGCAUUACCGAUAAGGCGUAAAUUGGGUGUGCACUCAGUCUCACGGGUCUUGGGGACGAUAUUCGGAAAAAACACCACCAAGGACAGAAAAAAGAGACCCUCUCUCAGCAUAUGACGCCUCUUGUGCCUCCUCCUCCUCGGAGAAGAUGAAAAACCUCUCGAGCCCGAGCUUACCACCGACGUUAUCGUUCUCACUAGCACCGGCUAUGUUAAUCGCUGAUAUAUUGUCAAUAGCUCCAUCCUACGAGGCUCUGUAAGGUUGUAAAAAGGUUAUUCUGGUACUUGGACUCGGUAGCAGAGUAAUCGGAGGUCACAUUUUUUUAUUUUUUUUCUAUUGGUGUUUUGAGUCAAGCCAAGACUACUGGGACCUGAAUUUUAAUUGCAACUUAUUGUAAUUUUUCAUCGGAAUUUUUUUUACUAAAAUAAAUAUUUAAAAGCUAUUUAUUUUUUAAAAAAUUUCAAGUAUAAUAAUUAUUGUGAUUAUUAUAAAGCGUCGUGACAAUCCCGGGGUACUUUUUUCAAUUAAAAAGUUGUUUUUUUCUUGCCUUGUAUAUAUUGUACGCCGACUGGACAUUUAUACCCUUACAAUAUAUAUUUUAUUUACUGUCAUUUAUAAUAUAUCAGAUCAGUCGGAAUUAUUAUCACCGGUUAAUGGAAUAAAAGCUCACCGACUCAGUGACCUCGGUGUCUAUUAUUAAGUGUCAAAGUGUGUUUUUGUUGUCUGAGUAAUCGUGUGUAGGUAGAUACAGUGAAAAUAAACUGAUAAACUAUUUUUAAUAAUAUAUAUAGGUGAUUCUCUGUAAGGAUGUUUUUUGCUGUCCCAGGCAUUUUUU